AUGUCGACUUUCAAACAAGUACCUCUCACAUGUGGUGGCCAUACUAGACCAGUUGUGCAUUUGGACUUCAGUGACAUUACAAAAGAUGGAUAUUUUUUGAUUUCGGCUUGCAAAGAUGGAAAACCCAUGUUGCGACAAGGUGAGACUGGUGACUGGAUUGGAACAUUUGAAGGCCAUAAAGGAGCAGUGUGGGGGGUAGCUUUAACACAAAAUGCAAAUUUCGCUGCUAGUGGAGCAGCAGACUUUACAGCAAAAUUAUGGGAUGCAAGAUACGGUGAAGUGGUACACACUUUUGAUCAUGAGCACAUAGUGAAGAGUGUGAACUUUAAUUCUGAUGACACACUCCUACUGACCGCUAGCAAUGAGAAACUAAUAAGAGUUUAUGAUCUCAACAAGCCUGACGCCGGAGCACUUGAGAAGAUAAGCGCGCACACGAACAGUAUAAGGCAUGCCGUCUUCCUGCACAACUCGCGUAUAGUGAGCGUUAGCGACGACCUCACUAUGCGCGUUUGGGAUCGUACUAGUGGACAGGAAGUUCAAAAAGUUGAGUUCCCAACGAUUCCAAAUAGUUUAGAAUUGUCUAGGGAUGGGGCCGUGUUGACUGUAGCGCAUGGUACAAACGUAUCGUUUUACUCGUCAGAUACGAUGCGAAAGAUGCGGGAAUUCCCCGUUCCCACUAAGUGCUACUCGGCGUCACUGGCCCCCAGCCGCGCCACCUUCGUGUGCGGCGGCGAGGACCUCAAAGUAUACAAGUUCGAUUAUAACACUGGCACAGAACUUGAAUCAAACAAAGGGCACUUCGGUCCAGUGCACUGCGUGCGGUGGUCGCCCGACGGCGAGCUGUACGCGACGAGCUCGGAGGACGGCACGGUGCGGCUGUGGCAGGCGGUGCCGGGCCGCGUGUACGGCCUGUGGCGGCGCUCCAGCGACCUGCCCGUGGCCAACGGCUUCAAGGAGGUGGCGGCCAAC